AUGUUUCUAAUUAAGUAUUUCCCUGAAGAUAUCCGUAAUAGAAAGGAGAUGGAAUUUGUUAAAUUGGAACAAGGGAAUAGGUCAGUAGCGGAGUAUGUUGCUAAGUUAGAGGAAUUAUCCAGGUACUAUCCACUCUAUGUUGGAGAGGCAGGAGAAAAUUCUAAGUGCAUCAAGUUUGAAAUGGCACUCAGUCGUGCUGAAAAGGCACAUUACCGAAACACUGGAACCAUGAAGGACAAGAGGCCUAUGCAUCAUAGUAGAGGAAAACCUUACUCUUUUCCUCCUAGUAAAUUUGUAAGUCGUCUGAAUUAUCAACAAUACAGUUUUUCAGUUGGAAAAGGAGCUAGUAGUGGUAACGGAAAAAGAAAUGGAAAUAGUUAUAGUUAUGGGAGUGGUAGAGGAAACCCCAAUGGACGAGGAGUUAGUAACGGAAAUAGUAACAACAUGAGUCAAGUCUCGAGCAACAACAAUGGUAAUAAUGGUGAUCCAACUGCUCCUAUCCGAUGUCACAGGUGUGGCCACAUUAGCACUAGAUGCCCCUACCCAAGGAAGACUCCACAACCUGGAAACCAGAGUUCCCAAGUCAGCCGACCUAAAUCCAAUGGAAGAGUCUUUGCCCUCAGUGGUGCAAGAGCGUCUGAGAAAGAAAACUUGAUCCAAGGACUACCUGUAUCUCAUUUGCAGUAUGAUUUGAUUGUGAAUACCCCAACUAGUGAUUAUGUUGAUACCUCUAGUGUUUGUCUUGACAUUUCUAUCCAUGUGUGUGGAAGGGACUUCCGAGUUGAGUUAGUGUGUUUACCUUUGUGUCUGGUUGAUGUGGUUCUUGGUAUGGAUUGGCUAUCUGCCAACCGUGUCCAUGUAGAUUUUUUUAGUAAAACCAUUGAAUUCAUGGAGUCAGAAGAGAGGGAUAAGCCUAGUAAUAUAUCCGCCAACAAAGUGAAGGCACUCUUGAAAGAAGAUGCCCAAUUAUACAUGAUCCUAGCCUGA